AUGUCAUGUACGCGGGCGCUGGGCUUUCCCCCACGGACCAUGGAGCAAGAGGCUGCCCUAUCAAUCCUUUGGAUUCUCACUGGUCCUGAAAUCACGAUGCUUGCUGGAUUCCUCUUCCUGCUGCUCAUCACAGAUGGGGUGUCAUCUGAGCGUAACUGCAGUUAUCAGGAUGUUGUAGACUACUUGAAUUUGACCAACAACAAAGAUCUGUUCUCUUUGACCCGGCCUGUUAAAAACUACAAACAGCCCACAGAGGUAACUCUGGAUGUACUACUCUAUGGCAUUCUAGAUGUGCAUGAGAAAGACCAGAAAUUGGUUUCUUAUGUUUGGAUUGAUAUGUGGUGGAAGAAUGAGUUCAUUGCUUGGGAUCCUGAAGAAUUCUGCGGUAUUAAGAGUUUUUCUUUUCCUGCUGAAUUUUUGUGGAAGCCGGAUAUAACUAUUCAUGAGAUGACAGAAAAAGACAAGGGCCCUCGCAGUCCUUAUCUCAUUGUUGAAAACACCGGUGACGUUGUACUUACAGAUGACCAGGUGCUGUCCACCACCUGCAGUAUGCAUGUUCACAAAUUCCCCUUUGAUAUUCAGAGCUGCAGUCUUACCUUCAAGUCUAUUGUACACACUGUCAACGAAAUAUUGCUUGUUAAGUAUCACGACUCUAAAAAGACCACAGAGUUCACUCACCAGUUGAUUCAGACCCAGUACGAGUGGCUGUUCAUUGACAUGAGAGUCACCAACACAUGUAUCAACCAGUUUGACUUCCAACAAAGCACAAUUGUUUACACAGUAAGUUUCUUGAGUGCUCUUUGCACCACUGUAGAUGUCAGCAGGUUAGAACAGAUUAUCUUGUUGUUGCAACCUGUCUACCUGAGUACCUGUAGUUGCUUCAGUUUAGCCUUUGUUAAAUGUCAAGGUCAACCACCUGACACUGACAUAAUUUCACAGAUCACCAUGGGGAGGAAGUCUGCACUUUACAUCGUCAACUUCUUGCUGCCCGUCAUGUUCUUCUUGAUUCUGGACUUGGCCUCCUUCCUGAUCUCGGACAGCGGGGGCGAGAAGGUCGGCUUCAAAAUCACUUUGCUGCUCGCUGUCACGGUGUUACAACUUAUCCUGAAUGAAAUUCUGCCUGCCUCGUCAAACACGAUUCCACUUAUAUCUCUCUACUGUGUUGGGAUCUUUGGCCUGAUGAUGCUGAGCCUGCUGGAGACGAUUUUGGUGUUGUAUCUAUCGAAUAAAGAUGCUGCAUCCCAAGACAACGAGGCAAAUCAGGACAAAGGGCAGAGUGAGGACGACUCCAUGAAAUGUAUGAAAACCACCUCUUGUGGGCGUCCUGAUGAAUCAACAGUUGAAAUGCUAUCGGUGGCCAAAGAGGAAAGCAACAGCCAAUUGAGGGUGGAGUCCCAUGACUUUGAAAAACUCUCAGAUGAGCUGAUGGAGGCGCUGAAAACACUGACUGUGGUCCUCAACAACAAGAAGGAAGAGCAGAAGCCUGGCUACUGGACCAGAAUGGCUAAAACAAUCAACAAAGUUUUCUUCAUUUGCUAUGUCAUAGCUACCACUGCGUUUUUAAAGAGUAUGUUUUCCGAUUGGAUUGCUGAAUAA